GUAUCCCAAAUUAUCCGCGAUCCUCUCUUUACCCGUGUCACACUACCUCCCGUACCGCUGGCGAUUCAUCCUCCAUAAAUGGAAGCCCGGAGACGCAACAUAAAGUGGCUGGCGGGGUUCCGAUGACGGCCUUCUUUGUACUGGGCUGGUGACACGACAUGUAACGUUGACUUUAAUUUGCGCGGGCAUUCUUCUGCUUGCAAAGUUACACAAAAGAAAUGCUUUGGAGGAGAAUAAUCGCGUCGCGCAUGUAAUCCAUAUCAUGAAUGGGAGUCCAGUAUAAGAUACCCUGCUGUAAUGUUCCCCGAUCGCGACGCUGCGAAGGCCGCAAUUGCCCGCUACCUCUAGCCUCACCACAGCGCCCAUCCACCGUGGGCUCUUCACGAUGCACCUCAGGAGGUCUCCAGUAACACUUCAGGUGUUGUUCGGCGCCAUCCUUGGUUUCGCCAUAGCCACCGCGGCAGACUCUAGCAGCGCUCUAGUAUCAACACCAGGCCAAGUAGCACCCGUUCCUGCAUGGUACUUGCAGUCAUCAACAAAAGCAGCAAGCGAUUUGGAAGCUCUCUCUCGUCCAGGCAUUGACACUUCAGGAUGGCUCCACGUCAACACAUCCAAGUGCACCCUGAUGGGCUGCCUGUUAGAAGCCGGCAUCUACAACGAUACCGAGCUAUUCUACUCCGACAACCUCCGGAGAGUGGACAGCAAGCAGUUUGAAGUCCCGUGGCUGUUCCGACAGGAAUUCGGACUGGAUCCAGGAGCCGGGAAAUACUUCCAUCUUCUCACGCAUGGAAUUACUUCCCGCGCCGACGUGUAUCUGAACGGGAAACAAGUAGCGGACAAGAAGACACAGGCUGGUAGCUAUGGAGGCCACACAUACGACAUCACUGAUCUGGUUGACAAGGACAAUGCAUUGCUCAUCCAGGCAUAUCCCACGAGCUACUACGCCGACUUGGCGGUGGGCUGGGGGGACUGGAAUCCGUGGCCUGCAGACAAUGGCACAGGAGUAUGGCGAGAUGUGGAAGUCAAGCAGACCGGAUCUGUUGCUCUUGGACCCCUACGAGUGGUGACCCAGCUUGGAACGCCCUUGGAUGGCUCACCCGCGAACGUGACUCUUAAAUCCCGUGCCCAGAACUUGGAGAAUAUAGACGUAACCAUCACCGUUACCGGCACCGUAUCCCCGGAAGGCUACGCCGACCAGUCAAUAAUCUGGUCCCAAACCGUCACCCUGCCGCCCCUGUCUACCACAGACGUAACCCUCACCACCACUGUCCAGAAGCCAGCCAUCUGGUGGCCAAAGCAAUGGGGUUCCCAACCACUUUACAACGCUCAGCUCUCCGUCUUCGCUUCCAAUAACACCCUCUCCGACCAGGUUUCCGCAGUAUUCGGCUUCCGCACCGUCACUUCCCAGCUUAACUCAUUCAACGACAUCACCUUCCUCAUCAACAGCCACCCAUUCCAAGUCCUUGGCGCAGGCUACGCCCCCGACAUGUUUCUUCGCUUCUCUCCCGCCAAAUUCGAAUCCGAAGCCCGCUACGUCCUCGACCUCGGCUUCAACACCAUCCGCCUCGAAGGCAAGAACGAGCACCCGGAGCUCUACCAGAUCGCCGACCGGCUAGGCAUCAUGAUCCUCGCCGGCUGGGAAUGCUGCGACAAGUGGGAAGCCUGGAGCUACAACCAGGACCUGACAGUCCCAACCCCAGUCUGGAGCGAAGACGAUUACAACAUCGCCAACGCGAGCAUGUUCCACGAAGCCGGGAUGCUCCAGACUCACCCGAGCAUCCUAGGUUAUCUUAUCGGCAGCGACUACUGGCCAGAUUCCAAGGCAGCACCAAUGUACAUAAACACCCUAAGACUCCAAGACUGGCAAACACCAGUACUAUCCUCCGCUUCAAAAAGGGGAUUCCCCUCCUUCAUGGGCUCGCCCGGUUUAAAAAUGGAAGGUCCUUACGACUGGGUCCCUCCCAACUACUGGUACGACACCGAACCAAGCGCUGGCCGUUUUGGAGCAGCAUUCGGUUUCGGCUCAGAACUAGGCGCCGGCGUCGGAACCCCCGACUCAUCCAGCCUGCACAAAUUUCUUUCUCCCUCUGACCUCACCGACCUCUGGAAGAACCCCAACAAAGACUUAUUUCACAUGUCCUCCACCGAAACAUCCAGCUUCCGCAACCGCAGGAUUUACAAUACCGGUCUCUGGAACCGCUGGAGCGCCCCGACUUCUCUCGAGGACUAUGUCCAGAAAUCCCAAAUCACCGACUACGAAGCCACCCGCGCCCAAUUUGAAGGGUACGCAGCCAACUGGGGGAACUCCCAACGGCCUGCGACGGGUAUGAUCUACUGGAUGUUAAACGGUGCUUUUCCAAGCUUGCACUGGUCCAUCUGGGACUACUACAUGCAUCCUGCCGGGGCGUAUUUCGGUGCCAAAGUCGGUAGUCGGAUCGAGCAUGUGGCGUUCGACUACGUCAAGAAGAGCGUGGUUCUAAUCAAUAGGUCGUUGGACAAAGAAGGACCAAGAAGUGUCGAUAUCGAAAUAAUAGAUCCAACUGGAAAGACACUAUACACCAAGACAGUAAAAACGACAACCGAGCCGAAUACAAGUAGGGAAAUCACCUCUUUGGCUUCUGCUUUUGAGGAUAUCAAAGAUGUGGUCUUUCUUCGUUUAGUCCUCUCUGGUACUUCCCCUAAGGACUCUGAUACUUCCCCUAAGAACUCCAACCCCUCCUCUGAUGUCCUCUCCAACCCUUCUUCUUCUUCUUCCAAAAACACGGAGCUCAAGGCCCUCUCCAACCCUUCCUCAAAGGCGUCCAACCCCUCCUCUAAGAUCCUCUUCAACCCUUCUUCUUCUUCCAAAAACACGGAGCUCAAGGCCCUCUCCAACCCUUCCUCAAAGGCGUCCAACCCCUCCUCUGAUGUCCUCUCCAACCCUUCUUCUUCCUCCAACGCCAACCCUUCUUCUUCUUCUUCUUCCAACCCCUCCUCCUCCGCCAGAAACACAGAACACAAAGUCCUAAGCAGCAACACCUACUGGCUCUCCAGCACCCUCGACACUCUAUCCUGGGACAACUCCAAUUGGUAUUACACCCCCGUAAGCGAGUACAGUGACUACACGGCAUUAAACAAGCUACCUGCCGCGAACGUGAGUGUCAGUGUGACUGCUUUGUCCAAGGGGCAUUCUGAGUACGAGUCUUCGAAGGUGCAGGUGACGUUAGAAAACCAUUCUUCCUUUCCUGCCUUCUUCAUCAGUCUCAACUUGGUAAACAAAGAAGGGCAAGAUGUGGUGCCGGUGAUUUGGGAUGAUAAUUACUUGACGCUGUGGCCAAGGGAGAAGGCUACGGUUCAGGUUGGGACUCUGGAAGGGGCGGAACUGGUACAUGCAGCUGCUGCUGUGAAGGUGGCUGGGAAGAAUCUUAAGGGGAUGACAGUGAUGGUCGGUUAA